UCUUGUUUCAUCGACGGUCACAGAGUCCCUCUUGUCCAUUCUGCACGAUGCCUCGCACUCGGAUGAGCACCCGCAGUGAGAUGUCGACAUCUGUCUCAAUUACUUCAAGCGUAUCGUCGCCUUUGUUAAGUACAGCAAAUUCCAAGCAAUCGACUCCUGCUACCUCUGUCAAUGGCGACACGGACGAUAAAUCUCAACUGAAAAGGUCAAGGAAGUCGGAUAUAGCCUCCAAAACCAUGAAAAGAGCACUAGAAAGCGAUGAAGACAUUGAAGAUAUUACUCCAACGAAUACUCAACAGGCGAGCAAGCGUAGGAGGACAGCUCCCAAGAACAAGGCAUAUGUCGAGAUUACUGUAUCUCAGGCAAAGCUUGGUGGGCUUUCUAGGACUAGCAGCGUGGUGGAGACGACUAGACCGAGUCCACCAGACGCCUCAGCCAGAGCAGAGGAUCCACCGGACUCUGAAGAAGACAGCGAAGAUGACAUCGCAUUCAUCGACGAGUCGGACGAUAGUGGGUCAGAAUACGAAGCAUCUGACCUUGAUUCUACCUCGGGAAAUGAGAGCGGCGAUGGUACUUAUGAGGGCAACAUCUCUGAUACCGCAUCUGUUGCUGGUAUCGACGAUGAAGGAAUCAUGAUGGAUGCUGCGAUCCAGCAGUCACUGGAAGACGCUCGCCUGGAACACAGUUACACGAUGGGCACGUCUAGCGCUGGUGCGGGCUCUUCCAAGUCGCGUGCCCCCGUUCAUAGUGAAGCUGCUAAGAGAGCGGCGGCUGCCGAGCGUAGAUUGGCCAAGACACAGCGACACCGGGAUGAAGAUGAUGACUAUGUCUCGCAGGAGGAUCCCUCAGAAUCCGAUUCCGAAAAUGACAUACCAUUGGCUAAAAGCAAUGGCAAAAGCAAGCAGCGAUCCGCCAGGAGCAAACCCAGAGCGAUGACGCUCAUGGAUUUGAGACGUGGCAGACAGAAUGCCAAACAGGAAAGGGAGCAGUUGUUGAGCGACGAGGCGAGGUUGCGCGCAAAGCUUGGUCGCAAGCUUACUCACGCAGAGAAGUCUACAUUAGCCCUCAAUAGGCACCAUGCCGAGUUGAGAGAUGUUUGGGGUGAUCUUGAAAGGAAGAUAGCCGUUGUAGUCCCGCAGAAGGCCGAACAGCCAGCUAAUCUGAAACUCGCACUCCUUCCGUUUCAAUCAGAGGGCUUGUAUUGGAUGAGGAACCAGGAAAAGGGCGUAUGGAGAGGAGGUAUGCUGGCUGACGAGAUGGGAAUGGGUAAGACGAUACAAAUGAUAGCGUUAUGGGUUUCCGAUGUCGGUGUCAAGCCCAAUCUGGUAGUGGCCCCUACUGUCGCUAUCAUGCAAUGGCGGAACGAAAUUGAAGCCCAUACAGAUGGUCUCAAGGUACUCAUCUGGCAUGGGCACUCCAGAGAGUCGGAUGUCAAAGCACUCAGGAGAUUCGAUGUUGUUUUAACGACGUACGCCGUGCUUGAGAGCUCCUUCCGCAAACAGGAGGCCGGGUUCAAGAGGAAGGGCAUGAUUGUCAAGGAGAAAUCACCCGUCCACCAGAUUCACUGGAAUCGCAUCAUCCUCGAUGAAGCGCAUAACAUCAAGGAGAGAUCGACCAACACUGCCAAGGCUGCGUUCGAGUUGCAGGGUAACUACAAAUGGUGCUUGUCCGGCACUCCGCUGCAGAAUCGCGUAGGUGAACUAUACAGUUUGGUUCGGUUUUUGGGCGGCGAUCCCUUCUCGUACUACUUCUGCAAGCAAUGUGACUGCAAAUCCCUUCAUUGGAGAUUUAGCGACAAGAGGAGCUGCGACGAUUGUGGCCAUAGCCCCAUGAAACAGACGUGCUUGUGGAACAACGAGAUUUUGACUCCUAUCCAGAAGCAUGGCAUGAUAGGCCCCGGAAAGAUUGCGUUCAGGAAGCUGAAGAUCCUGCUAGACAGGAUGAUGCUGCGUAGAACCAAGCUUGAACGGGCUGAUGACCUCGGGUUACCGCCUCGGACCGUAGUAGUCAGAAGGGACCACUUCAGUCCCGAAGAGAAAGAGCUCUAUUUGUCUUUGUUCUCGGAUGCGAAGCGGCAGUUCAAUACGUAUGUUGACGCUGGUACAGUUCUCAACAAUUAUUCCAAUAUCUUCAGUUUACUUACUCGUAUGCGGCAAAUGGCCUGUCAUCCCGACCUCGUUCUGCGGAGCAAGAGCAACGCGGGAACGUUCCUGCAAGACGACGUAGGCGAGGCCACUGUUUGCCGAAUUUGCAAUGAGAUUGCAGAAGAUGCGAUCCAAGCUAAAUGCAGGCACAUCUUUGAUCGCGAGUGCAUCAAGCAAUAUCUGAAUACUGCCAUUGAGAUCAACCCGGCAUGCCCGGUAUGCCACUUACCACUCACCAUUGACUUGGAAGCUUCUGCUCUGGAGUUGGAAGAAAACGCCAAGCCGCGACAGGGGAUACUUGGACGUCUUGACCUAAAUCAGUGGCGGUCCUCGUCUAAGAUUGAGGCACUCGUUGAAGAGCUCAGCAAUCUUCGCAAGCAGGAUGCGACUACGAAGAGCAUCGUCUUCAGUCAAUUUGUCAAUUUCCUCGACUUGGUUGCGUACAGGUUACAGAAGGCUGGCUUCAAUAUUUGUCGUCUCGAGGGUACCAUGAGCCCUCAGGCUCGUGAUGCUACGAUACAAUACUUCAUGAACAAUGUGCAUGUUACGGUUUUUCUCGUUAGUUUGAAGGCUGGCGGUGUUGCACUGAAUCUGACAGAGGCAUCGCGUGUCUUCCUGAUGGACAGCUGGUGGAACCCCGCGGUUGAGUAUCAGGCAAUGGACCGUAUUCAUAGGCUGGGCCAGCAUAGGCCUGUGCAAGUAGUCAAGCUUGUUGUGGAAGACAGCAUUGAAAGUCGUAUCGUUCAGCUGCAGGAAAAGAAAUCAGCCAUGAUCGAUGCAACGUUGUCGACGGAUGAUUCGGCUAUGGGAAGAUUGACACCUGAGGAUCUUGGUUUCUUGUUCAGAUUGUAAUCCCUUUCUGCGGGUAAUUCGAUGUCCGCAUAGUUGUCUAGUGUCAGUCUCUAUCCGAGGCGCAUAUCACUGGAACGCGGUGAUGAGACGCUAGUGUACAUUAUGCUGCGUGUUGAUUUACAGGUACACUGAUUUAGGGAUAUCCUGUUAAAUAUAGACAAAUGCUCUCAGAAAAUGCCUGGGAGCAGCCUGUAGCGCGUUCGCGCUGCCCAAUCAGACCAUUGCCUGCCAAACUCGUUUCUUAGGACAUGAUCCUCAAUCUUUGUUCUGGACACAAUCCCGAACGGAAUGAUCAUCAGAAUCCCGAGCCAAAAGAAGCUCAGCAAUGUCCCUC